AUGAACUCCUCGAUGAACUGCACGGUUCUUUUUUCCAUCCUCUACAUGAGCUCGUGUGCGGCUCUACCAGCCGGAGGUUUUGGCGGUCUUGGGCUGUUCGGCUCGCUAGGUUCAGAAGCCCCAGCUACUGGCCAGGCCGACAGCAAAGCGGGAUCGGACGCAUCAACCAAAAGCGAAAAGGUGAAGACAGCCUCAAUGGUUAUGGAGACUGUUUCCAAAGGGCUUGCCGCAGGCGGGCUGUUUCUCCCUUCCUCCAUCACUGGCGCCGUCGGCGCCGGCCUCAAAGCGGGUGCAUAG